GGUUUUGGUGUCUGAGAAGCUGGAUUGUGAGAAACGGUCUCUAGGUUCGGGCAGGCCUCGGUCAGCCACAGCAGUGAAGCAGCUGUUUAUUUCACGUCUGUGCAGAACCGCGUCUCCUGGCAAGUCGGCACACACAGCAAAGGCAGAACUUUGCGUGCGAUCUUGAAACGCAAGAGCGGGCAGCAGAGAGGCAGUACGCACAUGGAGUUUUGGGUGGCCAAGCGAGGUCUUUAGAUCAGAGGAAGAUUCAGGUUGUGUCCUUGUAAAGCCCCCCUCUGGGUCUUUUUCAAGCUCUGCGUCUCUCCCCUUCGAGCUUUUCUGGAAUGAUUUCAGUGCUCUGUGCCUCAGUUUCCCUACCCGUAAACCAGGAAGAACAGCAAUUUUCCUCCGCUUCUCUGGGUUUUCCAAUUUACUCUUUUUGUUUACCCCCCUCUAUGUUUCUUUGGAAAGCAGCUACCACUAGUAAAUACUAACGAGUCCUUUUCAGUCUCAGGUUUGAGUCAGCUACAGAGGCAUCAGCCAUUCUGUGCAGCAGCAAAUAGAGUGUGCUCGAGUCCUUCAGAGACAGUAAAAAAAGGGUACAAAGGAAAAUAGGGGGAGACAACAAAGUCUAAAGCCAUAAUGAAAGAGCAAACUGCAAACGAGACCCUCCGGCAGAGCGACGGGGCUGCGGUCCCAGGGGCAGACGCACAUGCUCGCGUGACAACUGAGGCCAUUAAAGUAAAGAGUGCCAAUUUUAGCUAGAAUGAAAACUCCCAAAUCUGUUUCAAAAAAGGCGUAUGUGAGGUGGGUGCUGUAAUUAAUGGCUUUUAUAUAUUAGUUUUCUCUAUCACACCUACUAUUCAGAAUACAGAAAAAUUAGUAGAAGUUUUAGCGGUUCGUAGGCAGAUAUGUUUAUAGGAGUGAGCGCAGCCAGAACUGUUGGUGUUCAGUCUGUAUGUUCAGGUCAGUGUAAAAUGGUAUGUUUGGAGGUGUACAUGCUCUAUUGCCAUUCCUAUUACUGAACGCGGUUGGUAACGUUUGCUGUGAGCAACUGAUGAUGUUACAUUGUGUGGCUCUUUUUGUUUGCUGUUUUCAGUAAGGCAUACUUACUCUUCUGUUUUCCUGUUUAUGCCUCCCUUUUUCAUGUUAUUCACUCAUUUUACAGUUUGAAGGACAUCGAAGGACUUGGAUGAUUUCUGCUUGGACUUGAAAGCGAGAAAAAGCCCAACAAAGCAUGGCAAGCCAACAGCAAAUACAGAGCAGGCAUUUUAAUGGGUGGAAAGAAUCUGACUCCCAAAAAGGGAGAGUGAAAGACCUGAAAGAGAGUCAGAAGGGCAUAAAACUCGCACCUCCACAGAAUCUGAGAGAGCCAAUCUCCAGAGGCAGUCCAGACUUGCUUGUUAGAAGGAGAGAAAGAAGCUGUGAAAAAAGUACAGAAAACAAAGUGCCAACUGUGGCAUUACAACAAAGUGCAGAGGUAGAAUCAGAUAGCUUGGAUGGUGAAUUUGAAUCGUUGAUAGAACAGAUAAGGAAACGAAGUAUACCUCAAAAACCUGCGUUAAGCACAAAUAAAACUGUCCACCAGGCAAGCACAAGAGGGAUUUUAAAUGGAGGACGUAAACCAGCAACCUCCCCACACACAGUGGGCUGUUCAUUGCAAUGAUUGUGAGUCUGCUCUUCCCUGUGUUAUUGUGGUUCACAGCUGGGGUUCUCUUCUGGAUUUUCAUCUUUGGUGUGAUUGGAAUUAUAGGUUAUGGCAUCUGGCAUUGUUACUGGGAGUACAACCAUCUGAAAGGAAUACCUGGAUCUGUCCUCACUGUUUAUGAUACUGGAUUCCAGAGGGACUUCAGAGUGUGCCUGCAGCUGAGGCAAACAUGGUUAGCAUUUAUGAAGCUGCCACAGGUGCUGCUGGUGCUGGGUGCCCCCAGCGGGGCCGGGCUCAGCGUCCCGGGGGUGCCGCUGGAGCUGCUGGUGCUGGCCAGGAGUGUCGCCUAUGGCUGCUCCAGGGCCUUCCCCUUCAGGGGCUCUGCUGGUGGCUGGUUAAGGGAUGUUACUGGGCACCCUCCUCUCCCCCCAUACCACCCCCGGGCUCAUCACCUUCCUCCAAGCAGCCAAUCUGCCCAUCAUCAUCCUCAGCAGGCUCCUUUAAGCCACCACCAACUACAGCCAAGGCCACACGGGGCAGCUCUCGGGGGUCACCACCACCCUCCUGUUCGGGGGAGCCGGGUGCAGGUCUUCACUUCCCUUCAGGUGAGACCCCUCCACCUUGGACCCCCCAAAUCCCCUUUUCCACCCCCCGCAAUGUUCCAUCUCCAACAGGAGACGGAGGACCCAUUCCUGACCCUGACCUUUGCCACGUCGGCCGCCUGCAAUGGGCUCCUAUUGGGGCAGCUGCUGUAUUAUGGGGGGGGGCGGGGGGAGACCCCAAACCUCCCCCUCACCGCAAGGUGGACUGACCCGGAUCCCCCCAUACCCCCCCCAAUGGAACAACCCGUGGGGGGGUUAAAAAGGGGGUUUUUGUGGGGUAAAACAUCCCCCCAUUAAUAAAAUGGGUUUUCACUGGU